AAGUCUGAACAAUGGGUGUUUAUGCAAGCUUGUUCUACAAGAAUGAAGGACAAAUACUUACAGACUUGACAGAUCCUUCUCAGUUUAACUGGAUUACAGCACAUGCCGAGGCCUGUAAAUUGACAGUCCCAGAGGUACAGAGAUGCUGGAGCCGAUUCCUCAUGCUGCAGCCAGAUCAGAAAGGAAACGUAUCACGAGCCCAGUUUUGCAGUACAGCCAAUGUCUUUGGCCAGAAGCUGCUGGAACAAAUCCCUUGUACAGAAAAAGACCAGAUAACAUUCCAGUCUUACUGUAAUGCUGUGUCCUGGUUGUCUAAGAGCCCUCUGGAAGCCAAACUUAGAGGACUAUAUCAGAUCUUAACCUCUGGCACCAUCAGCAAGGAACAGCUGCGGAGUCUGAUGCAUAACCUGUACCCCAGGGAAGGCCCACAGACCACUGAUGAACUUGCUACUCUUUUUCUUAAUGAAGUGGAUAAAAGCAAUCGAGGUUAUAUUGAUGAAGAUCAGUUUUUAGCUUGGGUGAAGACCCUUCCCCAGCAAACAUUGAUGUCAGUGCUUCACUUUCCAAUCAUACCUUCCAACAUCACUCAUCUUAAGGAGCAAGAACCUUCUUUUCCUUCCACAGCUGUGCAUUUCAAAGACAGAUCACACCUGUGUGACAGGCAGCUCUUGCAGGUUGCAACAGAGAUGUCUUCAAAGAGAAGAGAUUGGAGGCUCUUAGCAAACAGCCUUGGGUUUUUGGAGAAGGACUGUUCCCGCCUGGAGCAUGAACAUUCAGAGGUAAAGAGCCAGAUCCUGGCAUUGUUGCAGAUUUGGCAAAAGAUGAGUCAGGAGGCUCCUCUUCCUGUCCUGCAGACAGCGCUGAGACAGAGUGGUAAUGCAGACAUUUGCAAUGAAGUAUUUAGCUUGAAUUUCUGAAGGCAUCAUGUGAAUAGUGUGCAAACUGGAGAGGAACCAGAUCAGCUAAUUUCAAACAGCUGCUCAAACUCAUGGUCCUUUUUCCUUGGAAGAGCAAACAUUUGUAAGGCAGCCACAUUUGGAUUUGCUGGCUGAGCUUUUCAAAAUUGCACGUGGGAUUUGAGUGUCCAUUAGUUGUAAUGGGAACCUGGCAUCCAAAUCUCUUAGAGGGGUUUGAAAAGUGAGCACAGUCUUUAUAUUAGCUAGGACAGAAGUUACACAUAAACUUGUUUAAGUGAUCAGAAACUGGUUUAAACCAAUAACAGAACAGAAGCUCAGUGGACAUAAACCAGUUUCAAAAUGGCUGAAAAUGGUUUAAGAUAAAUCUGGUUGUAUGCAGUAUCAGACUUAACUGAUUUGGGUCAACUGGUUUAUGAAACUUCUGUCCCAGAUCCCUUCCUGGUUCAAGUUAAAUCACAGUCCCCCAGCAUCCCAGCAUGCUCUGCAGCCCUGGGCUGGGCUGUACUGUCUGCUUCAGGGAGCAGGGCUGGCCCCACCCCUCUGCUCCCUAGCUGGAGCAGUGAGGGCUGGCUGACAAGAGGGUGAGGGGGGUGGGUAAGGCUGGCUGGGGAUGCAGCCCAGUCUUGGGGCAGCAGGGAACUACUAUGGGUGUGCAAAGCAGGCCCUAUUCAAUUUGUAUUCGGCUCGAAUCAGGGACAGUGAUUCGAUUUGUUGAUUUGGAUCACUAUCCCCGAUUCAAUUCGGCUGAAUCCGAAUCUGAAGAUUCAAUGCUGAUUCAGAGAAUCAGUGAUUUGGACACAGAUACAGCUUUAAAUGUUUUUUCUACAUACCUCAAGGUACCAGCAUGGCUUGCG